AUGGCACCAUAUGAGGCACUUUAUGGGAGGCCAUGCAAAACACCUUUAUGCUGGACCGAAGUUGGGGAAAGAAGAGAGUUUGGACUCGAAAUUGUUGAAGAGACGAUGGAAAAGUUGGAGAUCAUUCAAACCAAUAUGAAGAAAGCUCAGGAUAGGCAAAAGAAGUACGCUGAUCAAUCAAGAUCAAAAGGAAAAGAUCGAUUCGGGAAAGUCGGGAAACUUGCGGUAAGAUUCAUCGGGCCUUACCAGAUUGAAGAACGAAUCGGAGAUGUUGCUUACCGUCUCAACCUGCCUGAAGAAAUGAGGAUACAUCCGGUGUUUCACGUAUCAAUGCUACGGAAACACGUUCAUGAUCCCAAAGCUAUUGAGAUGGAGCAAAUCGAAAACCUGCAAACAAACCUCACUUAUCCAGAGGGACCAAUCCGAAUAGGUGAACGUCGAAUACGAAAACUAAAGAACCGAGAGAUUCCUCAAGUCCAAGUCUUCUGGGGUAAGCGAAACCGUGUAAUUGUGACCUGGGAGGAUGAGUCAAGGUUCAAAGCGUCGCACCAAGAGUUUUUCCAUGAAGAUGUAGUGAUGGAAGAAGAGGGAUCAUCCUAG